AUGCUUGCAGAGGGCAGGGAAACGCCGGUCGCCAUAGUGGUUGAUACAAACAGCAGAUCAGUCAAUUUGAUUGACCACAGUCGGCGACACCGAACUGCCUUUACCCGGGAACAACUGUCCCGCCUGGAGCAAGAAUACCUCAAAGAGAGCUAUGUUUCUCGACCGAGGAGAUGCGAACUGGCGACAGCACUGAACCUCCCCGAGACCACCAUCAAGGUAUGGUUCCAAAACAGGCGAAUGAAGGACAAGAGGCAGCGUCACUCUCUCAGCUGGCCACACCCCCUGGACCCCAACCUGUGUGCCCUUAUGGUGAGCCAGGCUGCAGCAGGCCUACCUUACCCCUUUCUCCCUCAUCUCCCCCUGCACCUCUACUCUCACCUCGGGGUGGGGGCAGGUGCCCCCUCCGUUCCCAGCCCCUUCGCUGCACCCCUCAGGCCACUGGAUCCCCUGCGCCUCUCUCACUCCCCCUACCCCAGGCCGGGUGGUCUACCCCCAACAACUCUCUACCCCCAUUCCAAUGUGAUGCACAAUCCCGCCACUUGCCCCUGCCCCCUCUGCCUCCACUGGGGAUCAGACCAACUGUUCAAAGCCAGAGGCCUGACCGCGAUUGGCCUGAAUCGACCACGCAGUCCCAAAACGAUGUCUGCCAGUCUGGACAGGAGGGAAGAGGUGCCUUUGCCCAGAUGAAGUUUCCUGCAGUAGCUACCAGGAAAUGACGAUAUGAAGUCA